AUGAUGAAAUCAUUAUCUUACAAAAACAUUGUACACUCUAUUGAUUGUGGAAAUUAUAUGAAAUAUCGUUCAUUUGAUGGCAUCAAUUACAAGAGUGUAAAUUUUAUAAAUUAUUUCAAAGGACUAAUAUUUUAAAGGUUCCUCAGAAUUUGUUGAUUAUUAUAAUGAGCAAGAGACUAUAAAAGUAAAAAAGACUGUUGAUUCAGAAUUGUAUUUAACUUAAAGAUAAGGAUAACAUUUUGCUUACUAAAUUCCAUUAAAUAAUGAUUAACCAGAAACUAAAAAUUAUAUAUUGAUACUCAAUUUUGCUGAAGUACAUUAUUAUCAUACAAUUAGCUACAAUAUUAAGAAAGUAAUGCAAGAAUUUUUGAAGUAUAUUUUGGGAAUAAAAUAGUUAUUGGUGAUCUUGAUAUCUAUUAAUAAGUUGGGACAAGAACAGCUUACAUAAUAGAGAUAAGUUUUUAAAUUGUUGGAGAAUAAAUUAUAUAUUAAGGUGAGUAAAUUUAUGGGGCUAUAAGUAAGAAUAAUGAGUUGAUAAUCAGAUUUAAAGCAAUAAAAAGCAAGGCAGCAAUUGCUGGAAUGAUGUUAAAGAUUGAAGAUAAUUAAGUUGAAAUAGAAAAUAUUUAAAACAAAAAAAAUACUUUUAAGGCAAUAGAUGGAUUUAAGAUAUUAUCAGAUAAAAGUUUGAAAAUUAUUGAAAAUGGAGUUUAAGAAAUUUAAAAAGGUCUUAAUAACAAUAAUGCAAAUAAAUAUGAUGAUACUAAUAAUAGAAAGAGCUCAAAAAAGGAAAUAAAAUUAUUUGAAUUCUUAAUUAAUUUAUUGAAUAUAUUAAUUAAAUCACCUUUUGGAAUUGUACUUGCAAGCAGUUUUUUAGGAAUUUGUUUGAUAACAUUGGUAGAACUAUUUUGUAAUAAAAAAUCAAAAUUUAAAGAGUUUAACAAAAUUAAGAAUUCAAAGUUAGAUUGA